CCCUUUUUUAUCUCCUUGCCGUCAAAUGGGGUCUUUGCCCUAUGAAACCCUAACCUCUGGUCCAUUUUCAUCGCCAUGGUAACCUUAAUUAUCUAACUUCGUUCAAAAGUAUGUCUUUUGGUUCAUGAAUUGUUUGAUUUUUAGCUGAAUUGCCUUAUAAUUUUCUUAGAUUUUGCUGGAUCAUGAUUCAAUGUCAAACUGUAAUCUGAAAUAGUAAUUGAUGUUUCGUGAUCCUAACCAGUUAGGGUUUCCAUUUUUAAGGGUCGCAUUAUCAGAAAAUAUCAGUAUUCAUUUGAUUCUUGUGUGGAGUUUUAUAAGCUCAAUUAAGAUUAGGGAUUCCGCUUGUUUCAUUGUCUAGAGAGAAAGAGAGAGUUUUAUCAAUGGACGGUAAUAAGGACGAAGCAUUGAGAUGUGCUGGUAUUGCAAAAGCAGCUCUGCUCAUGGGUGAUAAACUCCGAGCAUUGAAAUUCAUUGGAAUUGCUCGAAGGCUUGAUCACAAUUUACCCCUAGAUGAUCUUUUUGCUGCUUGUGAAUCCUUGAAUGAUGAAUCUAGAGAGAGAAAAACUGAAUGCGCAACGCAAUCUAUGGACUCGCGUAAUGGAGAUACUAAAGAGAGAAUGGUUGGUGAAGAUGAGGUUGGGGUUCAUGGUGAAGAACCCAAUUCAAAUAGGGAUGUGAAAUUUAGAGAGAGAACUGAUCGCAAAUCUGUUGCUGUUGAGGAUCAGACCAAUGGAAAAGAACACAGUGAUGAUGAUGAUAGGAGCUCAAGGGAGAGAUUUGGCCAUGGCUUCGUUGCGAAGGAGGGUCAGAAUUAUGGCAAGGAACAUGGUUCUAGCAGAAAUAGGAGAUCUAGAGAUAGGAUGGGGCGUGACUUUAUCGGUUGCGGGAGUCCAAAUUAUAGUGAGGAAAAUGUCCAAUUAAUCAGGGAAAUCAAGAGAAACAAGGAUUACUAUGCAAUAUUGGGUGUGGAGAAGAGCUCUUCAGUUGAAGAGAUUCGAAGAGCUUAUAGGAAGCUCUCCCUUAAAGUUCAUCCUGAUAAAAAUAAGGCCCCAGGUUCUGAAGAGGCAUUUAAGAUUGUUUCGAAGGCUUUUAAUUGUUUGAGAAAUGAAGAAUCAAGGCAUCAUUAUGAUCAAACUGGUUUAGUAGAAGAUUCAGAGGUGUUAAACCAUCAAAAUAUGAGGCGGAGGAGGACUAGGAAUACCUAUUAUUAUGAGGAAAAUUUUGACCCCAAUGAAAUUUUCCGGUCUUUUUUCUUCAGUCAACAAGAGCAUACGUUUCAAACUGCUCAUAUGCAUAGGGCUAGAGAGAUGAGAGAAGAAAGGAGGAGGAAUGAUAGUGGUGAUGCAUUCAAUUUCAUGAUUUUUCUACAAAUUGUGCCACUCUUGCUUUUCUUCUUGUUUGCUUUUCUUCCAACUUCCGAACCCAACUAUUCUUUGCAGAGGACCCACAGCUACCAUAUACGUAAGGUUACUGAGAAAUAUGGUGUUGAGUUUUUUGUGAAGUCCCCUAAUUUUGAUCAAGAUUUCCCAUUGGGAAGCCCUUCUAGAACAGAGUUGGAUGAUUAUGUAGUGAGAGACUAUAAAAAUGUGCUUUCACGCUAUUGCCACAUGGAGCUACAGAGGAGUCAAUGGGUGAGAGAGUACCCGACCCCUCAUUGCGAUAGACUAAGGGAUCUCAAAGCCGCUUUAUAAAAGCACGGUAUCAUCUGAUCUUUGACUUUUUCGCUGAUGGGUAAUGAUGUAAAGAUUCUAUCAAAUAAAACAAGGGAAAGUAUAUCGAAAAAAAGACGAUCAAAUUUUAGCCCACAUUUUGUUAGAGCUUGCUGCAGUCUUUCCUUCGCUGAAGUAUUUCCUUUGACUCCGGAUCUUUGUAAUGUAUUAUAUGCGAUAUGAUGGGUGUAGGAUCCCAUCAUUGAUGAAAGUAUGCAAUUUGGUCUUUGUGCUAUAUAUCACAAUUAGUACUAUGCUGUGAAGAGGCAGGUGCGGCAGGGUUUACAUGAGAUUAGCCGAAAGCUUAUAUGUGGUGUUCAUUAUGUCACAAACAGUGGUUCUUCAGGUAUGACAGUCAUUGAAUUUAUGGAACUUCUGCAAUUAUCUACAACGUAUACUCUCAUUUUAGCAGAGUAUAUCUACUGUGGAUUUCACAACUAUAUUAUGUUUUUCCCAUUUUGUGGCCUCUAUGAUGAUCUAUGGUCUUUGGCGACACAAUAAUUUGGACUUGCUUUCAACCUUAGCAUGUUAUUAAAUUUGAAUGUGUCUGCAUUACCCACCUGAACUGUUUCCAUGUUCAUGCUGUUUUACAGAGACUUCAGUUCAAUACCAAAAGUUUUGAUCUGAA